AUGUGGGUUGAACAGUACGUACGUUUGCAUGGUGUUGGAAGUUGUUCACCAAGGGUCAAGAGGUGCUUAGGUUACGUUACAGGACAAAAGAACAUAGUUGACAUGCCCUUUGAUAGCGCAGCUCAAGUGGUAAAAUUCAUAGGAUUUAUCUGCAUCUUGAAACCAUUUGGUGGUUGUACUCUCGGAGCUGAGGUUUUGUUCGCCAUAUUUCCAUUAUGCGCAAAUGCAGUUAUUUAUAAUGUUCAAAACUUUGGAGCAAAACCAAAUAAUGGAAGGGAUUCGACGAAAGCUUUCUUGCAAGCAUGGUCCUUAGCUUGCAGUUCUACAACACCUGCAAUGAUGUUUAUACCUCGUGGAACUUAUCUGGUUAACACAGUCGCUUUUAGUGGUCCUUGUAAAAGUGCAAGAGUUACCGUUCGAAUCGAUGGUAAAAUUCAGGCACCUCCUAGCAGUUAUUGGGAAAUUGGGAAUUAUGGGACUUGGAUUUUGUUUCAAGGCAUCAAUGGCUUAACCAUUAACGGUGGGAUUCUAGAUGCACGCGGAUCUCCGUUUUGGAUUUGUAGGAGAGCUAGUGCAUAUUGCCCACAAGGCGCUACGUCACUGUCGUUCAACAAUGUUAAAAAUGGAAUAGUCAGCGGUAUUGUAUCUAUUGACAGCCAAAAGGCUCAUAUGGCCAUCAAUGGUUGCAAAACCAUGAAGAUUAGAAAAGUGACCCUUAUUGCACCUGCUCAAAGCCCCAACACAGAUGGUAUAGACAUACAAUCAUCAACUGGUAUAAAAAUCCUUGAUUCAAGCAUCAGAACAGGUGAUGAUUGUAUUGCAAUAGGUCCUGGCACCAAAAGUCUAUUGGUUCAACGCGUAGUAUGUGGACCUGGACACGGAAUUAGUAUUGGGAGCCUGGCUAGAAGUCCUAAUGAAGCAGGGGUGGAAGGAAUUAAAGUAAAGGAUGUAACCUUGACAGGAUCGGAUAAUGGAUUACGGAUUAAAACAUGGCCGAAACCAAGCAAUGGUUUUGUGAAAAAUGUUCUUUAUCAAAAUAUCGUUAUGAAUAAUGUCCGGAACCCAAUCAUUAUUGAUCAGAUUUACUGCCCCGGUACCAAGGGCUGCUCUGACCAGAAUUCUGGACUCAAGAUCAGUGGUGUAACGUACUUAAACGUAAGUGGAACAUCGGCAACACCAAUUGCCAUUAGAUUCCAUUGCAGUGCCACUACCCCGUGCGACGGAAUCAAAUUAUCCAAUGUUAAUCUCACUUAUUCAAAGCAACCUGCCAAGACAUUUUGUUUCAGCGCCCUCGGAACAUCAUCUGCCGGACAACUUGGAACAUCAUUAUCAGUAGGACAACUCGGAACAUCGUUAUCAGUAGGACGACCAACUCCUGGAAGUUGCUUCUAGUCUAAUUUUUUGUUCUAGAAGUGUACCAUAUUGUUUUUGUAUAGGUUUUAUUUACUAUUUCCACAGUGUCUCUUGGUGUUGUGUAUAUAAUGAGCUAACUUGCUAGCAUGAUGCGGCAUGUGAAUUA